AACAUACCAUUCUACAUCCGCACAACUACUCUACCUUCUCUCAUUCAGAACAUCCAACGACCUCGUCACCUUCACAAUGAAGUUCACCUCUGCCAUCGCUCUGCUCGCUGCCUUUGCCUCCCCCGCUCUGGCGACGUUAGUCAACGUCACUUACGACCAGACCUACGACAACCCGUCGACCUCCCUCGCUAGUACCGCUUGCUCCAACGGUGUCAACGGCCUCGAGACCAAAGGGUACACCACCCUUGGCUCUCUCCCCUCCUUCCCCUACAUCGGCGGCAUUCCAGGGCUCACCUGGAACUCGACUCUUUGCGGCACUUGCUGGAAGUUGGCAUACGACCCCGCGAACGGUACUGCUGCCAGCAUCAACAUCUUGGCUGUUGACGCAGCUUUCACCUAUAACAUUGCGUUGGAGGCUAUGAACAAUCUGACCAGCGGACAAGCCGUUGCGUUGGGCAAGGUUCAGGCGACUGCAACUCAGGUUGAUGCCUCCGUGUGUGGAUUGUGAUGAGAAAGAUACAUCCGUGGUUGAUCUUUAGGUGUUUGGCUGGCAACAGUCUAAGGGUGGCAUUUUACCUUGCACAUCUCUCGUGUAUUCGUUUGUGGUUGUGGAUAGGUUCACGGACAGUUCCUUCUCAGAGCUACCAAUUUGUAGAUGAAGGUGUAAUAUCUUUUCUUUCGCCUUGUACACUUAGCUGUUUCGCUUUCUGUUUUUGACUUUAUUUCAAUUGUUGGGUUUUAAUGUGAUUCAAUCCUUUCUAGUGAAAGCCGCG